CUAAAUGAAAAAUAGAAAUGUCAAUGAUGGCGAUUAAUUCUUUUUCAAACUAUGAAAUUCAAUAAAAUAGUGAAAUUGUUUUAAUUUUAUUUAAAGUUUGGUGCAAAGCAACAAGUAAAAUACAUAUAAAUAUAAAUCAGCUGCGUUUAAAAGAUAUAACAAAAGCGUGGGGAGCGUUUGGAUUUUCGAAUUGACAUCAAACAGCUAAAUAAUUUGGAAUAACAAACAACGGUUCAAAAUGUCGGACGAAUCGGAAACGAUGUCGAAGAAAACACGCAAAGCUUCGAGUCCCACAAUCUCCGAGGAUGAGUACAUCGAACCGCCUGAAUUCAGUUUGGCCACACUGGGACUGCGUCGUGUCGGUACGGCACCACCACCGAAACCGCAGCCACAACAGCCCAUACAAAUGUUGAAUGCACGCGGUAUGCCUGCGCGCAUACGCAAACGUAAUCGUUUAUUUUUCGAUGACGAUAUCAUUAACGAUGAUAAACCUCUACGCAUGAGUCUCUCACCACGCAAAAUGCCUAUGAAAGCCACAGCAUCGCCGCAUAAAACACCCACUAAGGUUUUGAAGAAACGCAAGGGCGUCGUCUCGCGCUACAUGCGCUCCGAUGAGAAGAAAAAGAGCGCUGAAAUGACCACACCGACACGAGAGCGACAUACAAAUGCUGCCGGUUCAUCGGCCAACACCACACCAAAGUCGAGCACGCGCCAUAGUGGCAGUUUGUUGGCACCGGCGACCAGCGCCUCGACAUUGACACACAUUAUUCCGGCUGAUAAGAAGAUUGGUCAGAGCAUCGGCUUGCGUUUGCGUAAUUUAUUAAAACUACCCAAAGCGCAUCGUUGGGUCAUAUUCGAGUGGUUCUAUUCAUUUCUUGACAAAGCACUCUUCGAGGGUGAGAAUGACUUUCAAGUCUGUUUGUCUGAAUCUUUUCCAAAUCUUUGCACUCGUCAUCUGACGCGUGCCGAAUGGCGUAAAAUACGUUCUCUAAUGGGUAAGCCGCGACGUUGUUCGCAGGCAUUUUUCGAAGAGGAGCGACGUGAGCUGGAGCGUCGACGUCAGAAGAUACGUUACAUGCAGAGUCGCAAGUCGGGUGACGUUAAGGAUUUGAAUUUUGUACGCGAUCUGCCGGACAAGAUCCCGUUACCGCUGCCCAUCGGCACUAAGGUAACGGCACGAUUGCGCGUGCCUCAGGAUGGCAUUUUCAGCGGCACCGUGGACGCCUACGAUUCAAUGACAUCCAACUACCGCAUCACAUUCGACCGCAACGGUCUCGGCACACACUCAAUUCCCGAUUUUGAAAUCGUUUCGGAGAAUUUCCACGAAAUGCUGCCACUACAGAGCAUUACCAGGGACAACAGACCAAAUCUGAUGAGCGUCUUCAACGGCGUGAGCUCAUCGCCUAUGCGUAGCAUGCGCAAUGUGCGCACGGCUUUGAAUAUGAAUUUGAAUAAGAGCGAUCCCGUCUUGGCCCAGGAGGUGAUCGAGAGUCCAUUCAAAGAUCCGGUGCUGGGCAGAGACAACAUCAACGGCUACCCAGCCAAGCUGUUGGAGACUCUAGUGCGUUUGAAGCGCGCGCUAGCCUCCAAACGCUCUAAGUUGCAGCGUUUAAGCGAAAUGAACAACGAGGCCGAAUUGAAGGCGUCGCAACAACUGGCAGCUGCACAUAACAAUUCGAAUUCUUCAUCAGACGAAUCGCAAAACACCAAUGAAACGAUGCCACAACUAAGUGAGGAAUUCCAAAGGCGCUAUGCCUCGAUCGUCAUUUCAAUGGAGAAGAUGAAUCGCGAUAUGCAGGACUAUCUAAAUGAUGUACAGGCCUUCGCCGGCGACUUGACACGCGAUCCACAAGUACAAGCAAUGCUGGCACCAUCAUAUCUGCGCGAGAAAUGCCGCGAAGCUGCAGAGGAUGCAGUGCAGCGCAACAAUCAGGGCACAGUGCAGAAUAAGGGUGUGCUGGCACUCAUCAAAAAUCUAGCAACCGUGUUACUAGUCGCCUCUCAUUUGGGCAAUGAUGGCAAUUCAGCGGAGGUUUCAAAGGUGCUCGAGGGCUGCAUCGAAGAGGUACGUUCGAGUUUGAGUGGCGUGAAUGUGGAAACGUUUCAGAAAAAUGUGCAAAUUCACUUGCAUCACGUGCGCAUGCUCGCCGCCAACAAUAGUGUAAUGAUGAGCAAUUCAGCCAUAUCGACUGCCGGCGGUGGCGGCGCCAUUGACAGAUAAAUGCCUUGGCGCUCGCUGUAGCAAUCGUUAGUGUUCAACAACAACACGAAUAAUUAAAGAAAAUGUUAAUGAAUUAAUUUAAUUUAACAGUAAUAUUGGGACAAUUACUAUUGUUUAAAUUAGACAAUUUUAAUUUUUUUGUUUUUAAAAUCAAAUUUUUUUUUGUUUUGUCGGCUCUUUCAUGUCUACUGAAUUCUUUGUAUUUAUACUAAAAAUAAACUUAACUAGUUUUCUUAGCA